AUGUCUUCUGCCCUCGAUGACGAUGACCUGGCUCUAGCCAUCUCCGGACCACAAUCCGAACGCAAUGCCCGUGAUGUUCGUGAACGGGUGAAAAAGCGGAUCGGACAAUAUGACAUCGUCAAGACGUUGGGUGAAGGAUCGUUCGGAAAGGUCAAAUUGGCUACACAUCACGCGGACGGGAGCCUUGUCGCACUGAAGAUUAUCUCUCGACGGAAGCUGAAUGCUAGAGACAUGGCUGGUCGCAUCGAGCGAGAAAUCUCCUACCUGCAGUUACUACGGCAUCCGCACAUCAUCAAACUGUACACCGUCAUCACCACCCCCACCGACAUCAUCAUGGUGUUGGAGUAUGCCGGAGGGGAACUGUUCGAUUAUAUCGUGCAGCAUGGAAAGAUGCAAGAGGACAAGGCGAGGAAGUUCUUCCAGCAGAUCAUAUGCGCAGUGGAAUAUUGUCAUCGUCACAAGAUCGUCCACCGGGAUCUCAAGCCGGAGAAUUUACUCCUCGACGACCAGGCGAAUAUCAAAAUUGCCGAUUUCGGUCUGAGCAACAUCAUGACGGAUGGCAACUUUCUCAAGACCAGUUGUGGUAGUCCAAAUUAUGCCGCUCCUGAAGUCAUCAGUGGAAAGUUAUAUGCUGGACCGGAAGUGGAUGUCUGGAGCUGUGGUGUCAUUCUCUAUGUACUACUGGCUGGUCGUCUGCCGUUCGACGAUGAAUACAUCCCGGCACUCUUCAAGAAGAUUGCAACAGGCCACUAUUCCAUCCCACCAUACCUCUCAGAUGGCGCAAAGAAGCUCAUCAAAGAGAUGCUUCAGGUCAAUCCAAUGAACCGAAUCACCAUACAGGGCAUCCGAGAGAAUGCUUGGUUUCAGAAGAACUUGCCAGACUACCUCAAUGCGGCACCCGAAUACGCCGAAGCCAUUGAUCCGAAUCGGGCAAUCGUCCCUGAGAAGCUUGGUGAUCCUGAAGUCCAUCGGACAGUCAUCGGUCGACUCGGAAAGACCAUGGGUUAUGCUUUUGACGAUGUGCAAGCGGCGCUUCUGGCCGACGAGCCCAGUGCGAUCAAAGAUGCAUAUCUCAUCGUUCGCGAGAGUCAUGAUCAGAUGAAGGGCUUGCCCUCGGAUCAGCAUAAAUCAUUCAUGGAAGGAACGCCGCCGGCUGCGAGAGUGACUCCUGUAUCGACUGUCGCCAUCUUACCUUCUUCUCUACCAGAUUACCAUGCCGCUUAUAUGAAAGGCCACAUCGAUCGAUCACAGGUUCCAACGAUAAUCGAAGAUGACGAAUCGGGUCGGCCUCGGAGCGAAGAAGAAAAGGCGCGCAUGCGGAGUCUGUUGACGCCUCACAGCAAAAGCACGGCCAACCUGCGCAAUGCCGGCAAGCCCGACUCCAUGACGACUAUUCAACAAGAAAAGGAGAAGAGCGCCAAGAAACGCAAAGGACAGAAAUGGCAAUUUGGCAUCCGUAGUCGGAAUUCGCCGGCCGAAGCCAUGCUUGCAAUUUUCAAAGCGCUUCGUCGGAUGGGUGCGGAAUGGCAGGUUCCUACGAUUCGUGAUCCAGGGAUUCGCAGUGGCGAGGGCAGUCCGGAGCGACGGCCAGAGGAACGUGAGCCGAGUAACAGUCCGGAAUACAGUGAUUCAGACCCAGGACCGGGAUCUGACCCGGAGUACGCUACACACGAGGAGCAGGAACGGAGACGCGCCGAACGGCGAAGGAAUCAGCUCGGCGGCGGAGGUGGUGCUCGUGGUCGGGAUCGCCAUGGUCGCUGGAACGACUAUGGGUAUGAAAUCCCCGAAGACCCCUGGGUCAUCCACGCUCGCUUCCGCAAGAGCGGAAUGCUUCCUGUCGGCGCGCCUCACCCUACCUCUGCACACAGCUCGCAGGUGAACCUCCACGACCCCAAAGUCACCCCCGAACAUCUCACCUUUACCCCCUCCCAACCGGCCGACCCUGCUGCUGCCGGCAACCCCAACUCCAACAACAACGAACACGACCCCGACUCCGCCUAUGCCAGCGCCGCCGAAUCCGCCCCGGGCUUCCGCCAGCCGGAAUCCUGCUGGCUCUACGUCACCAUCCAACUCUACAGCAUCGAAUCCGGCGUCUACCUGGUCGACUUCAAAUGCGCCGGCUACGAGCGGCUGGUUCGGCGUUUCGCCCAAGUCGUCGCCUCCGAAAGCGGCACCCAUCUCACCUCGACAUCAUCUUCCAACAAUAACAACAUCGGCGGCGCCGGCGGCGUUUUGGUCGAUUCCAAAGGCAGGGAGUUUGUCGGCGCGGGCAGGACGAGCGAUGAGAAGGAUAUCACCAGUCCGUAUCCUUUCCUGGAUUUGGCGAGUCGGUUGAUCAUCCAGUUGGCCGAGGCCAACGAUUGA